GCGGGGCCGCUCCGAGGAGCCUAAGAGACCCACGGAGGCUUCGCGGGAAGACGCGGCGGCGGAGGAUGAGCCUGCAGAGCGCGCAGUACCUCCGGUCAUUCUCAUCCUAGUCCUGCAAGAACCCUGCUGGGUAACCUGUGUUUGUCCUGUAGAGAUCUCUCAGCUUUCAGACAGUGAGACAGACUGACAAUUUGAUCUAAAACAAGAUUCUGUUAGAUACAUAUGAAACAAUUUUAAAAGAAUGUCUUAAACCAUUCUACCUUAUGAGAAAUUGGAUGUUCUUGCAGAUAGUCAUUGUGGGAGAAAACGUUUCAUUUAAGUCCCAGAUGAGGACCGAAAACUUGAAAUCAGAAGAGCAUCUGAAAUCAAGUAAUAUUAGGCAGGCAGAAGUCCUGAAGGCUGACAUGACAGAUUCUAAGCUGGGUCCAGCUGAGGUCUGGACAUCCAGGCAGGCUCUGCAGGACCUGUACCAGAAAAUGCUAGUUACUGAUUUGGAAUAUGCUUUAGACAAGAAAGUAGAACAAGAUCUCUGGAAUCAUGCCUUUAAGAAUCAGAUCACAACACUACAAGGUCAAGCAAAGAAUCGAGCAAACCCGAAUCGGAGUGAAGUCCAAGCAAACCUUUCUCUGUUCCUAGAGGCAGCUAGUGGCUUCUAUACUCAGUUAUUACAAGAACUGUGUACAGUGUUUAAUGUAGAUUUACCAUGCCGUGUGAAGUCUUCCCAGUUGGGAAUUAUCAGCAAUAAACAGACGCAUACCAGCGCCAUAGUGAAGCCACAGUCUAGCUCCUGUUCCUAUAUCUGCCAGCACUGCCUCGUUCACCUUGGAGACAUUGCUCGAUACAGAAACCAGACCAGCCAGGCAGAGUCCUACUAUAGGCAUGCAGCUCAGCUUGUCCCCUCCAAUGGUCAGCCUUACAAUCAGUUGGCUAUCUUAGCUUCUUCCAAAGGAGAUCAUCUGACCACAAUUUUCUACUACUGCAGAAGCAUUGCUGUGAAGUUCCCAUUCCCAGCUGCCUCCACUAAUCUACAAAAAGCACUUUCUAAAGCACUGGAAAGCCGGGAUGAGGUGAAAACCAAAUGGGGUGUUUCUGACUUUAUCAAGGCCUUUAUUAAAUUCCAUGGUCAUGUGUACCUGAGUAAGAGCUUGGAGAAGUUGAGCCCUCUUCGAGAGAAAUUGGAAGAACAGUUUAAGAGGCUGCUAUUCCAAAAAGCUUUCAACUCUCAGCAGUUAGUUCAUGUCACUGUCAUUAACCUGUUUCAACUUCAUCACCUCCGUGACUUUAGCAAUGAAACGGAGCAGCAUAGUUAUAGCCAAGAUGAGCAGCUAUGUUGGACACAGUUGUUGGCCCUCUUUAUGUCUUUUCUUGGCACCCUGUGCAAGUGUCCCCUUCAAAACGAGUCUCAGGAGGAGACAUACAAUGCCUAUCCUCUUCCUGCUGUCAAGGUCUCCAUGGACUGGCUGAGACUCAGACCCAGAGUCUUUCAGGAGGCGGUGGUGGAUGAAAGACAGUACAUUUGGCCUUGGCUAAUUUCUCUUCUAAAUAGUUUCCAUCCCCAUGAAGAGGAUCUCUCAAGUACUAAUGCUACACCACUUCCAGAGGAGUUUGAGUUACAAGGAUUCUUGGCUUUGAGACCUUCUUUCAGGAAUUUGGAUUUUUCCAAAGGCCAUCAGGGUAUUACAGGAGACAAAGGGGGUCAGCAGCGACGAAUACGACAGCAGCGCUUGAUCUCUAUAGGCAAAUGGAUUGCUGAUAAUCAGCCAAGGCUGAUUCAGUGUGAAAAUGAGGUAGGGAAAUUGUUGUUUAUCACAGAAAUUCCAGAAUUAAUAUUGGAAGACCCCAGUGAAUCCAAAGAGAACCUCAUUCUGCAAGAAACAUCUGUGAUAGAGCCAGUGGCUGCUGAUGGGAGCCCAGGACUGAAAUCGGUACUGUCUACAGGCCGAAAUCUGAGCAACAACUGUGACACAGGAGAGAAGCCAGUGGUCACCUUCAAAGAGAACAUUAAACCACGAGAAGUGAACAGAGACCAAGGAAGAAGUUUUCCUCCCAAAGAGGUAAAAUCUCAGACAGAACUAAGAAAAACUCCAGUGUCUGAAGCCCGGAAAACACCUGUAACUCAAACCCCAAGUCAAGCAAGUAACUCCCAGUUCAUCCCCAUUCAUCAUCCUGGAGCCUUCCCUCCUCUUCCCAGCCGUCCAGGGUUCCCGCCCCCAACAUAUGUUAUCCCCCCUCCUGUGGCAUUUUCUAUGGGCUCAGGUUACACCUUCCCAGCUGGUGUUUCUGUCCCAGGAACCUUUCUUCAGUCUGCAGCUCACUCUCCAGCAGGAAACCAGGUGCAAGCUGGGAAACAGUCCCACAUUCCUUACAGCCAGCAACGGCCCUCUGGACCAGGGCCAGUGAACCAGGGACCUCAGCAGUCACAGCCACCUUCCCAGCAACCCCUUACGUCUUUACCAGCUCAGCCAACAGCACAGUCUGCAAGCCAGCUGCAGGUCCAAGCUCUAGCUCAGCAGCAGCAAUCCCCUACAAAGGCUGUGCCAGCUUUGGGGAAAAGCCCACCUCACCACUCUGGAUUCCAGCAGUAUCAACAGGCAGAUGCCUCCAAACAGCUGUGGAAUCCCCCUCAGGUUCAAGGCCCACUAGGGAAAAUUAUGCCUGUGAAACAGCCCUACUACCUUCAGACCCAAGACCCCAUAAAACUGUUUGAGCCGUCAUUGCAACCUCCUGUAAUGCAGCAGCAGCCUCUAGAGAAAAAAAUGAAGCCUUUUCCCAUGGAGCCAUAUAACCAUAAUCCCUCAGAAGUCAAGGUCCCGGAAUUCUACUGGGAUUCUUCCUACAGCAUGGCUGAUAACAGAGCUGUAAUGGCACAGCAAGCAAACAUGGACCGCAGGGGCAAACGGUCACCAGGAGUCUUCCGUCCAGAUCAGGAUCCUGUGCCCAGGAUGCCAUUCGAGGACCCCAAGGGCUCCCCUUUGCUUCCUCCGGACCUGUUAAAGAGUCUGGCUGCCUUGGAGGAAGAGGAAGAGCUGCUUUUUUCUAACCCUCCUGAUCUUUACCCAGCUCUGCUGGGGCCUCUCGCCUCUCUUCCUGGACGAAGCCUCUUUAAAUCCUUAUUGGAGAAGCCUUCAGAGCUCGUGUCACAUUCAUCCUCUUUCCUGUCCCUCACCGGAUUCUCUCUCAAUCAGGAAAGAUACCCAAAUAACAGCAUGUUCAAUGAGGUAUAUGGGAAGAACAUGACAGCCAGCUCCAAAGCAGAGCUUAAUCCCUCAAUGGCCCCCCAGGAAACAUCACUCUAUUCCCUUUUUGAAGGAACUCCAUGGUCCCCAUCACUUCCUGCCAGUUCAGAUCAUUCAACACCAGCCAGCCAGUCUCCCCAUUCCUCUAAUCCAAGCAGCCUGCCCAGCUCUCCUCCAACACACAACCAUCAUUCUGUUCCAUUCUCCAAUUUCGGACCCAUUGGGGCUCCAGAUAACAGAGAUAGAAGGACUGCAGAUCGUUGGAAAACUGAUAAACCAGCCAUGGGUGGGUUUGGUGUUGAUUAUCUCUCAGCAACGUCACCCUCUGAGAGCAGUUGGCAUCAGGCCAGCACUCCAAUCGGCACCUGGACAGGCCAGGGCCCUUCCAUGGAGGAUUCCUCUGCUGUCCUCAUGGAAAGCCUAAAGUCUAUCUGGUCCAGUUCCAUGAUGCAUCCUGGACCCUCCGCUCUGGAGCAGCUGUUAAUGCAGCAGAAGCAGAAACAGCAGCGGGGACAAGGCACCAUGAACCCUCCACACUGAGGCCAGAGUGGCAACCCUGGGAAUGAAGGCUCCAUAAACCAUGGCAUGUUGGGCUUGCAGGACUGGCCCGCACAGUCCCCUGCAGGUGGCGGCCCUCUUGUCUGUUCCUUGCUGUCAAGAGGGUGUAAGUGUCCCACCAGCCCGCUGAGUGUGCACGAAAUGUCCGCAGUGCAACAAAAAGAAAAAUCCAUCAGGAACUCUCUGUCCCCCCAGGCUCUUCUGGAGGGAGAGAGGAACUGCUGUUUGUCUCACUCAGUUACCUGAUACCACCGCCUCUCACCUUCUCCGUCGUGCAUGUCCCCAGCCACAUGGGAGGUGAAAGCUGAGAAGGGAAGGCAGGUGGGAGAAGCCAAUGGGAACUUCUCAGUCCUUUUUUUCCUCUUUGGGGAAUAAAAUAGGAAUCCAUUAAUGA